GAAAAUUUACACGAUUUCUGCGCCCUUCUCUUCGGCGUCUUCGCUACUCUCCGCCAGCGAGCCCCAAUACAACAAACCCUCCCGCCGGCGCCGCCGCUCGCCGUGGGCGAUGUACAAGCUCGGAGGCCGUGGCGGCGGGCGCGGCGGCGGCGGUAGCGGCACGAAGCGCCCUCCGGCGCCCCAUGGCCGCGGCCGGGGCGCCUCCUCCUCCAAGGGCGGCGCGGCCCCGCCUCCCCGCGGUCGCGCCGCCGCCGCCUCGUCGCCGGCGGCGCAGGCAGAGGUGCGCGAGGAGUCCUUCACCCUAGAGUCUAACGGGCCGCCUGCCUUUGCGGCACUCAUAAAGCUGACCCCCGACCUCAUCGACGAGAUCCGGCGAGCGGAGGAAGCCGGUAGCGGCGCCCGCAUCAUGUUCAACAACUCCAACCUCAACUCCGCGGAGGGGAUUAUCGAUGUUGGUGGUAAAGAAAUCAAUUUCACAUGGUCAUUCGAACCUGGCGCUGGUGAGCUAUGUGAUGUUUAUGAAGAACGUCAGAGUGGAGAGGGUGAAAAUGGAUUGCUUACGGAACAUGGAUCUAUUUGGCGCAAGGUGAAUGUGCCACGUGUUUUGGAUGAAUCGGCACAGAAUGUUGUGAAAAUGCGCUCAGAGGAGGCUCAGCGUGCUUCGAAAUCUCGAAAAUCCAUUGUGCUGGACCCCACGAAUCCAUCUGUUAAGAUUCAGGCGAAGUCAAUGACUGCUGCAGCUGUAGAAGGUAAUAUGCGGAGGAUGAACUGGAACCAGAAGAAGGAACAUUUCAAGAAGAACCAAGCUGCUGUUAUCCCAACCAAAUCAAUUUCCAAAGUAAAGCUGUCUAACAACAGUAUUACGAAAGGAAGUAUCUCUACUUCACCUGCGCCUUCUCCUGAGCAACGUGGAUCGAGCAUUCCUUCAUUUGCUGCUGGGUCAGAUGCAAAUAAUGAAGUCAUAGUACCUUUUGAUUCGAAGAAAGAGGAAAGUAGUAAAGUUGAUAAAGCAAAACCAAAUAGGAUUUCUCAAGGACUGAAUCGCCGUGCAAGUUCUGUUUCUGCAAGUAUUGAUGAUAAUGCAACUGAUUUGCGAGUACUCUUGAUAUCUAUACUGUCAGAAAACCCCAAAGGAAUGAACUUAAAGGCCUUGGAGAAAGCUGUUGCAGAGGCAGUUCCAAAUGCAUCAAAGAAAAUAGAGAGUAUCAUUAAGAAUGUUGCAAAUUACCAAGCACCCGGGAGGUAUGUGCUCAAACCGGAACUGGAGCUGGAAAUCACUAAACAUGAUGCUUCUGGCAGUGGAAGGACUAUUGAUGAGAAUAUCGAAGAAGCUGCUCCAAGCUUACAGAUUGAUGAUCCUGAUAUAUUUGAGAAGAUUGAAAUCGGGGGCUCCCCGGUUUCUGCUGCAGGAGACAAAAAGGUCAAUGACAGUGAUGGCAAAGCAGGUACCUCUAGUGAGAGUGGAAGUGAUAGUGACAGUGACAGUGACAGUAGUGGCAGUGGAAGUGAUAGUGGGAGUCAAAGCAGAAGUGCUGCAAGUGGCAGUGGGAGCAGCAGCGACAGUGAUAGUGAUGCUUCAUCAAGCAGCAAGGAAGGAUCUGAUGCUUUUGUGGACAUCACAAGCGAUGAUAACAAAGCAGAUACAUCAGGGAGAAAAGUAGCAGAUGAACUGAAGUCGUCUUCCUCGCCAAGAGAUUUGCCAACAAUGGAUGGUGAUGAUGAGCAAAUCGACAUUGGAACAAAUCUGGAUUAUACUAGUACAUCAUCACACAUUGAUCUGAAUAAUUUUAAUAUCGACAGUGAUGAGGCGGCAUAUACAGCUGCAGCAACUGAGAAUAUCGGUGCAAGCAAAGUAAACAUGCCAUCAGAAGUUCUAGGAAGCAAAAACAUGGGGAGUGCUAGGUCAGAUCCUAGUAUAGUUGAUGGAAAGUAUCCUGCAAACAAAACAUCUUACAGGGAUAAUAUUUUUGAUGACCCCUUAGCAGCUAAUAGUGAAAACUUGCCUAUUGAAGAAGCCAUUCAGUUCACGAAGCAGGAGGGUAGCAGAAGAAAAUCAACCUCAAAGGAUGGAACAAACCAUGUACCGACAAGGACCUCAGAGAAAGGUGCCAAAGCCAUCUUGAAAAGGGGUUCUGAUAAUGAGAAUGCAACCACAAAGCCAGAAAGUGCCAAAAAGGCCAAGGUUGAUAUUGCUUAUUCGGGAGCUAUAGGUUCUUCAUCAGAGCACAGACAAAACUUACCACCUGACAAACAUGUCAAUGAGAGGUUGAGCAAAGAGACAGGGAAUGUUGGAUUGGACACACAUACUGAUCUGCAGUUGCAAGAUAUUAUUCCUUCUAUGAAAGGAAGACCUCCGGCUUCUGGAAAUGUGCAAAAGAUAAAUCAGAGCCCAAAUGUUUCCAUCCAGACAAUGCACUCCGAGGGAACGCAAGAAAAGAUUGGUAAAGCAAGUUCUAAGAAGAAAGUAGAUCAGAUGCAGAAACCUUCGAAUAGUAUGGACGGUAACCUAGGGAAAGGUUAUGUACAUGUUGAUGACCACUAUAUCAAUUUUAACGACUCUGAUGAUUCUGCUGCAAGAAAAAGGGGUAGGCAUGGAGGAUCUUUUGUUGAUGGGAAAAUGCACAAGCGUUCAAAGGAUGCCAAUAUUGAUGCAAAUUCCAUAAAUAUAGCCAAAGGUGUCAGAGGAAAUGUUAACCACGAUGUAGUCAUGUCUCUUCCUGAAUACAUUGAAACUAAUGGUGAGCCAUCAGUUUUGCAAAGAAAUAGUGUUGACAAAUCACCUCAGGCAAAAAAGGUGCUCCAGAGAGAGCAGUCUGAACUCGAGUUGGGUGAGCUUCGUGAGGGUUCUUUGGAAAAUGACAUCGAGAGGACAACGAGGCAUUUUGAGAGGAAUAGUUCUUCUAAGUCGCUUGAUGGCAAAAUGACUAAUGUUGAUAAUUCCCAACCCAGUAUGAAUAACAGGAAGGUUGCUGUAUCUGCUUUUCAUGAUCAGAAGAAACCAUCACCACAAGAAUUUAGUACUGGCGGAAAUAUGAACCAAGAAGGAAUGCCACGGAAGACACCAGGAUACGACUUUGAUAAUAGUAGGUCUCAACAAAGAGUAAAUGUUUCACAGGGUCGGCAAUUGCCAAGGACUGAUAAUCUGGAUUCAGAGAACAUACUUUAUCCAGAUAAGUUGUUAGAAAAAACAGGCAAAAGGGAAGCAGAAAUUUCACAGGGUGGAGUGCUCGAUCAUAUAGAUCCAAAGAAGAAGAAACCUACUACCAAGCUUCCUCAGAAUGGUACCAAGAAUGGAAUAGAGCCUAGAACACGGAAAUCAGUUUCCCCUGCAGAAAACGGGCAAAGAAGUAGGAAUAACCCUUUAAUUGAGCCUGAGAUAGGCAGGAAGAGAAGGGACAGUUCUUCUGAUGAAGAUAAUUUAUUUCUUUCAAAGUAUGAUAAAGAGGAGCCAGAACUGAAAGGUCCAAUAAAAGAUUUCUCACAAUACCAAGAUUAUGUGCAGGAGUACAAUGAGAAAUAUGAGGCCUAUUCUUACUUGAACAGUCAGCUAAAGAAAACGCAGUCUGAAUUCCUAAAGAUUCAGGAGGAUUUCGAUGCUGCUAAAGAAAGAGAUAAGGAUCAGUUCUAUAACAUUGUUGAAAGAAUAAGAGACAUGUAUGAUGAAUCGGGCACGAGGCAUAAAUUGAUGAAGAAGGUGUUCGUAUUGCUUCAUGAAGAGUUGCAGGUGAGUGAUGUGGUCUUUUACUAUCAGGCAUUUGCAACUGUUUCUGAGAGGCUGUCGCCCAGCAUCUACUCUGAAGAUGUUGGGAACCUCGGCAUCAUGCUUGCCUUUACCAUCUUCCGACGGUUGGUUCUGGAUCGGACGGCCACGCUCACCGACGAAAAAAGAUUGAAAAAUGGGACCCACCUGCGAGGUCACACUCCACGUGUCCGUGGUCCCACUAGCCGCUUCUGCCCCAGGCGGCGAAGGCAAAGCAGCAGCCCUCUCUGGAACAAACCCCCCGCAGGCCGCAGCGCACCCAAUCCCAUUCCGUGUUCCGCCCACCUCGUCUGGAAGCCGCACGAGCUUCCGGAAGCAUCCACCCAAAUCGGCCCGCGGGCCGGCGAUCGGGGAGGCGGGAGUGCAGCUGCCGCCGGGGCCACGCCCGCCGGCGCCCGGAGGCCGGAGAUGGACGCGGCGGAGAAGCUGCGGUGGCGCUUCUGCGACGGCGGCGUCACCGAUCUACUCGACGCCCGCAGCCUCCACGGCCCCCCCGAUGUUACUAAGAAAAUGCAGUUCCACUCUUCUCUAGUACAGAGGCUUGCUUUGGAGAAGGAGAUUGAGGGUCAUGAAGGUUGCGUGAAUGCUAUUGCAUGGAACUCAAAUGGCUCACUUCUGAUAUCAGGAUCAGAUGACACUAGAGUCAACAUCUGGCGCUAUGAUAAUCAAGAACUGUUGCACGAAAUUGAUACUGGUCAUUCUGCAAAUGUAUUUUGCACGAAAUUUGUCCCGGAAACAUCUGAUGAAGUAGUAGUUUCAGGAGCAGGAGAUGCUCAGGUUCGUGUUUUCAAUUUGUCUCGUUUAAGUGGCGUAAGGCCUAGGGAAAUUUUGAUGGAGCCAGCUGCACUUUACCAAUGUCACUCAAGGAGGGUCAAAAAACUAGCUGUCGAAGUUGGCAACCCUAAUGUUGUGUGGAGCGCAAGUGAGGACGGUACUCUAAGACAGCAUGAUCUUAGGGAGUGCAGUUCCUGUCCUCGUGCAGGAUCAGCUAACCAGGAAUGUCGUAAUGUGCUUCUAGAUCUACGAUGUGGAGCAAAGAAGUCUUUAGCUGAUCUCCCCAGACAACCUCUGGCGUUUAAGUCUUGUGAUAUUAGCUCUGUUCGUCCCCAUCAGCUCCUUGUUGGUGGGAGUGAUGCAUUUGCCCGGCUGUACGAUAGGAGAAUGCUUCCGCCAUUGAGUUCAUGUCAAACAGCAAGGAAGCCACCCCCUUGCAUUAAAAUGUUCUGUCCAUUGCACCUUGCUGAAACUAGGAAGUCAAAUUUGCACCUUACACAUGUUGCGUUCAGCCCAGAUGGGAAGGAGGUUCUUUUGAGUUACAGUGGUGAACAUGUAUAUCUGUUUGAUGUUGACCCAGACAACAUGAGUUCAGUGAGAUACACAGCAGAUGAUGUACGUGAUCAGUUAUGUUUACCGCCUUUCCACAAGGAACCAGCAACAAAAAAGUCAAGACGAAAUAAUUUUCCUGCAAAAGCAACUUCAAGAAAUUCAUCUAGGGUAGAUACUGUGAAGAAACUUAUGCAAUUUGCGAUAAAAUCUCUGGAGUCAGGCACCAACUUGAUGCAUGGGAUUGAAGCAUGCUGUGAAAUACUCGAGGCUAUGGAAUCUGAUAUCGAUGAUAGCUUCAUCUAUGAUUGCUUGUGUACCCGGGCAGGGUUGUACCUAAAGCGGAGGUGGAAAAAUGAUGUUUACAUGGCUAUUCGGGAUUGCAACAGAGCAAGGAAUAUUGACUUUACAUCAUUCCAGGCACACUUGUUCAUGGCUGAGGCACUGUUACAGCUGGGAAGACUGAAGGAGGCAUGUGAAUAUGCCGAAGCCGCACGUAGUCUUGUUCCAUCAAAUUCGGUGUCGGCUAAACAAGUGGAAAAUAUAAAGGAGCGACUUGCUGCUGCUGAACACGAGAAAAACAAAAAAGAUCAAGGAAAUACUAACAAUGAUGCACGUCAUGGAAGGUUACGGUCACUGAGUGAUCUACUGUUUAGAGCGGAUGUUAGUGGGUCAUCAUCACAGGAAGGUCGAGAAGAUUCAGAUUACGAUGAUGACAUGGAGUUAGACUUUGACACAUCAGUAUCGGGUGACGAAAGCCGUGAUAGUGAUCCAGGUGCUGCUCCAGGUAGUUUAAGUUUAAGAUUUCACCGAAGAGAGGAUGAACCUAAUGAACAGUCUGCUGAGAAUCGAUCGAUUGAGUCCACCAGUAAUGGUGAUUCUGCCUAUGAGCCAGAGGUUGCCAUUGAUAUGAAACAAAGAUAUGUUGCCCACUGCAACGUGGGGACAGAUAUAAAACAAGCUAGCUUUCUUGGUGAACGAGGCGAUUUUAUUGCGAGCGGAAGUGAUGAUGGUAGAUGGUUCAUAUGGGAAAAAAGAACAGGAAGGCUUAUCAAAAUGCUUGCAGGAGAUGGAUCUGUUGUGAACUGUAUACAGUCUCAUCCCCAUGAUUGUGCUGUUGCAACAAGUGGAAUUGACAAUACAAUAAAGUUGUGGACACCGGAUGCAGAAGGUACAUGUAUGGUUGCUGGACCAGAAAUUGAUGUGUUAAGUGUCAUAGAGAACAAUCAGAAGAAGUUAUCCCGCAACCGUGAACUUUUCUUGCCUUUUGAGUACUUGGAACGAUUUAGGAUGCAUGAGUUUGCGGAAGGAAGCUUACAUCCUUUAGAGUGUGCGCAGACUUGAUUUACUAUGGUUUAGACACCUGAGCUUUUCAGGGGAAAGGGUAAUACGGGGACAUUUCAUCCAAGAUACAAGCAGCGAAUGUUUAGAUAAAAAUGGAAUUGCAAGGCCUUGUUGCAAUAGUAGGCAAUGUUGUGCACACAUGCUUAGAUGGUAAUGCAGGUGUGCUGAUAUUGAAGUUGUUGCUCGUGCUGUGAAUAAACAUUGCAAUGAUGUUGGUUGAUAUGUGACGUGGAUCCAUUCACGUGUACAGAUUGUGGGAAGACGAAGUCUUGUGCAUAUGUAUAUGCUGGUAUAGUAGAGCCAUCUGCUAUAAUGUUAUGUUA